UGGUGUGGAGAGUUAGCAGUAACAUAACUGCCGCUCUUCAUGUUCUGUUUUUCUCUCUCUCUCUCUUCACAUUUGUUUUUGAGCUCUCUUUCUCUUUCUUUCUGUUCCUUCAUUAGGGUUUCGAUCAGAUGUUCCGUCAAUCCAUAGCGUUUACUCCGCCGGUCCAUGGCUCUGAUGCGCCGCCGCCGCCGCAACAGCAGCAAUCUCAGCAGCAGCCAACGGUUGUGAACGUGAGCGAGAGCUCUAGAAGGCAACAGAUUGCAGCGGCUUCUUCCUCGCCGGUGAAAUCUCAUCCGCUUCAUAACUUCCCGCUUUCUGAUCUCAGGUGGGCUAUGAAUCACGCCAAUACACAUCGGCUCCGGAAACCAUCCGGCAGAUCUCCACUCCGUGAAGCUACUAAUCAUGGCAAAGGGACUGAGGAGGUGAACGAAGCAUCUGGCUCUUCAUCCUUUGAAUUGAGACCGGAGAAGCAGAAGAAGAAGGAUGUUGUCAGUGACUCCGCCGCAGAUCGAUCCGGAACUAAGUCAACGGCGGCGGACGGUAGAUCGAAGAUCUUUAUCCGGAUCCGCACGAAGAACAACGAAGAAACAGCUGAGGCCGCCACCACAGCAGUCUCCGCCGCCACCGUCGUCGCUGAUGUUCAUGAGGCUGAUGAUUCAGCUGAGCCGGUGAUUGAUGCUGAUGUAUCUAUCGGUGAACGGAUCUCCGAUGGUGGUGGUGGUGGUCAGGAAGGAGAUGAGUUUGGUCCGAAGACUUGGAAUCUGAGACCGAGGAAACCGCCGACGAAGAAGCGUUCAAUUGGAGGAAACUGUGGUGGAAGUGGAACAGUAUUGACGGAGAACAAAACUCAGGGAACGGUUAGAACAGAGGCGAUUCGAUCCAGGAACGGUGUGGAUGCUAAGAUUGCGACAACGACGGAGAGGAAGGAGAAGAAACCGAGGUUAUCGAUCUCGCUAUCAAAGUUGGAGAUAGAUGAGGAUAUCUACUCGUUGACCGGAUCAAAACCUAGCAGAAGACCAAAGAAGAGAGCCAAAAACGUGCAGAAGCAGCUCGAUGUUCUUUUUCCAGGUUUGUGGAUGGGUAACGUUUCUUCAGAUGCUUACAAGGUCUCAGAACAUGCUUGAAAGAGGGUUCAUGUGAAGUUAGUCUUGUUUGAUUGGCUUCUACUGAAACCUCAUUGAAUAAGCUUUAUUCCACGGAUUAAGGUAUUGAAAAGUAGUGAUUCAAUACUAUUUGUAUUUGCUUCCAUGGACGAUGUGGGAUGUGGUUACUGUAUAUCUUACUGAGUUUUACAGAAUUAGAGUGUAAUGGUCUGAUUUCUGAAGUUGUAGUAGUGAUUACGAGGCUUAAAACUUAAUAAACGGAGUCACUUUGUAUAUAAACAAACAACAACCUUCACCUUCAUGUCCUCACUCUGUGUUGUAAUGAUGCAGAGAUGUAAUUGACUCGCUUCUUCAAGCCUUAGCUUCAUUUUUUCUGGGCGUGUGUAAUACUGUCUCGAGGUUUCAAAGCACUGAAUCGAACUUUAGCUUCAGAUUGGGUCCUAACUGGCUGCAGAAAUAUGAAUCAUAUACUAGCUCUGAUCCGACCGCCUUAUUUGCUUGCUGCCACUGAUGUGAUGAUACGACUUUAGGGUUUUUCUUCUGUUUAUGCACUUCUUGUUGUUGACCCUUUGUAAUUAGUUUAGUCGGUAGUAGUAUACUCUGUUUUUUUUAUUUCAAAUUUUCAUUGGUUGAACAAUUGGGCAUAUAUAUUGCAUUUCUAUAAAAAAAAUAGUUGAUUA